CACAUCGCCAAAAUUGAUGCAACUCACAUAUAGCUAAAAACCUGUAAAAAAAAAACAUCUGUGUGAAUUUUCAUGGCAAUUGCACAACCAUAGCCAAAGUUAUCACAAUAAAUGUACCUUCAGAUACACAUAUUUCUAUAUAAAUAUUAGCCUCUGAUUCAAAUACUCACAAAAACACAAUUUGAAUUUUUUUUCCCACUGUAGCUAUUCAGACUUGAAGAGGUACUGACUACCAACACAUCCAAACCAUUUUUGGUGAAAAAAAAAGGCACCAAAUGUGUCCAAAUGUUCCUAUAAAUAUGUGGCACUAUAGAAGUGAGGGGGUGGAGCAAAAAGUUGGUAUAUUUUGGAAAAAAAAUAUUUUUUCACUAAAAUUCAUUAGGUUUGCUCCAGAAUAAUUAAAACUUAUUUCUAAAACAUACUGAGUGUCCACAAAACUUCUCAUAUCACCAGAAUUGUACAAUAAGGAUGAAGCUCACAUAUGCCAAAAAUGCUGUAAAAACACAGGUCUGUAUGAAUUUUCAUGGCAAUCGAAUAACCACAGCCAAAGUUGUUAUGAUAAAUGUACCUUCAGAUACACAAAUUUCCCUUAACAAGGCACAAGGGUUAAUUUAGCCUCCAUGAACCACAACGACAUAACAUGAAAAAGUGUCCUGGUCCAUUAUGCUGCAUAAUAUAAUUUACUAUACCUACAAAGACACAGAAAUGACAGACAGAUUGGUUAUUUUGGACCAAAUAUUUUGCUGUUUAAAAUAAGCAUGUUAAUAUUAUUAUAUUGGGAAUAUUGAUUUGGGGGCAUAGAGAGGGGGUUACUAUUGCUAAAACCCUUGCUAAGCUUUUGUUAGCCUAGUAUAGGGUAUGGAGUACGCUAAUUAAACAAAAGAUCAGAGAUUAUUCAUGUUACAAAGUCUUUAUGUUGUUUUUUCAUCAUAGAUGACUGAUAUCUCCAGUGCACCUGCAUGUCUCUCAUCAGGUCAUUCUACUGAACUGCAGAGUGUGGACAGAGUUUUAAGAAAACCAUGUACCCCUGACUGACCUCAAAUGCUGCUUAUCCCCAUGAUGUCCCCAUUAUACAGUAAUUGUUCUUGGGAUGUUGUUGACAGGUCUACAUGUGCAUGGGCACGUACACCACCUCCAUCAUUAAACUCCAGUCUCCACACUUGUGCAUUAAUGAGAAGAGAUGAUGAGAUCUGAUAGAGCCAGCCCAUAUAAAGAGAAGAACGCCCUUUGCUCAGGAGGAAAGGAAACCUGAGACAUAACCUCAACUUUUUUUUUCUGGUAAUUCUGAAAGGAAACCUCAAUGUGUAAGGGACUGUCCUACCUCCCGUCCACAUGCCUGGAGAAGGCUAAAGGGAUGCGAGUGAAGUUAAGCCAUUUGGCUGAUAAAAAUAAGAGUGUAGAUGGAAAGACUCCACAUGAUCUGGAUGCCUUGCUCAGCAACAAAAACACUCUUCAUGUGUUUCGUUGCUUCCUGAGGUCUGAGUUCAGUGAGGAGAACUUGGACUUCUGGUUGGCCUGUGAGGAAUACAGGAUUUCCCCCAUGAACGUAAAAAAGUCCAAGGCCUGUGGCAUCUACAACCAGUUUAUUAAUCCCGAUGCUCCCCAGGAGGUGAACCUGGAUGCUGAGACCAGGGAGGCGCUACUGAGUCUGAUGGACUCUCCCAGCUCUGAUACAUUCAACAUAGCACAGCAAAAGAUCUUCAAUCUGAUGGCCAAGGACUCCUUUCCUCGAUUCCUGCGUUCUACCUACUGCAUGGAGACAAUUCGGGCAUAUUAGCUACAGAAAUGGUCAAAUUUGAAUUUCAGUCAGGAUCAAUAGUAGUAUAAUAGUAUCUCUCUCAUAUUAGUUACAGAGCUAAUGUGCUAAGGAAAUAAAAUUGUAUUUCAUGAUCUACUAAUAUCAUCCUUGUUGUUCUGAAUCUUUGUAUGUAGAAUAUUAAUUACUACAGUAUACAUGUGUUUUGUAAAAGUUAUUAUGGUUCACCUACAUUAUAUAUGCCAAACACUAAGUAAAUAGAAAAAUCAAGUGUACUUGUCGGAUUGUGUAAAUGUCAAUACUAACAGUGUAUUUGAUAAAGAAUGUAGUUUGCCAACUUUGAAUAAAUGUUCACAGAACAAAUGUC